AGAUCUGUAUCUGGCGGUUCCGCGGAAGAACUGACGAGUUCGUAUUCCCGGCCGCAGCCCCUGGGAGACGUCCCAGCGGCUUCGGGGGCCCGUUUUGUGGCCCAUUCUGUAUCAGUUAACCUACCCGAGUCGGACUUUUUGGAGCUCCGCCACUGUACGUGGCUUUGUUGGGGGACGAGAGACAGAGACACUUCCCGCCCCCGUCUGGAUUUUUGCUUUCGGUUUUACGCCGAAACCGCGCUGCGCGUCUGAUUUGUUUUAUUGCUCUUUUGUUCUUCGUUAGUUUUUUCUGUCUUUAAGUGUUUUCAAGAUCAUGGGACAGACCGUAACUACCCCUCUGAGUCUAACCUUGCAGCACUGGGGAGAUGUCCAGCGCAUUGCAUCCAACCAGUCUGUGGAUGUCAGGAAGAGGCGCUGGAUUACCUUCUGUUCCGCCGAAUGGCCAACUUUCAAUGUAGGAUGGCCUCAGGAUGGUACUUUCAAUUUAAGUAUUAUCUCUCAGGUUAAGUCUAGAGUGUUUUGUCCUGGUCCCCACGGACACCCGGAUCAGGUCCCAUAUAUCGUUACCUGGGAGGCACUUGCCUAUGACCCCCCUCCGUGGGUCAAACCGUUUGUUUCUCCUAAACCUCCUCCCUUGCCGACAGCUCCCGUCCUCCCGCCCGGUCCUUCUGCGCAACCUCCGUCCCGAUCUGCCCUUUACCCUGCCCUUACCCCCUCUAUAAAGUCCAAACCUCCUAAGCCCCAGGUUCUCCCUGAUAGCGGCGGACCUCUCAUUGACCUUCUCACAGAGGACCCCCCCGCCGUACGGAGCACAACCUUCCUCCUCUGCCAGAGAGAACGAAGAAGAAGAGGCGGCCACCACCUCCGAGGUUUCCCCCCCUUCUCCCAUGGCGUCUCGACUGCGGGGAAGGAGAGACCCUCCCGCAGCGGACUCCACCUCCUCCCAGGCAUUCCCACUCCGUAUGGGGGAGAUGGCCAGCUUCAGUACUGGCCGUUUUCCUCCUCUGACUUAUAUAAUUGGAAAAAUAAUAACCCUUCCUUUUCUGAAGAUCCAGCUCACUUACAGGCCCUCCAAGCAGUACAACGAGAGGUCUGGAAGCCUCUGGCCGCUGCCUAUCAGGACCAACAAGACCAGCCUGUGAUACCACACCCCUUCCGUGUCGGCGACACCGUGUGGGUACGCCGGCACCAGACUAAGAACUUGGAACCUCGCUGGAAAGGACCCUACACCGUCCUGCUGACCACCCCCACCGCUCUCAAAGUAGACGGCAUCGCUGCGUGGAUCCACGCCGCUCACGUAAAAGCGGCGACAACCCCUCCGGCCGGAACAGCAUCAGGACCGACAUGGAAGGUCCAGCGUUCUCAAAACCCCUUAAAGAUAAGAUUAACCCGUGGGCCCCCCUGAUAGUCCUGGGGAUCUUAAUAAGGGCAGGAGUAUCAGUACCACAUGACAGCCCUCAUCAGGUCUUCAAUGUUACUUGGAGAGUUACCAACUUAAUGACAGGACAAACAGCUAAUGCUACCUCCCUCCUGGGGACAAUGACCGAUGCCUUUCCCAAACUGUACUUUGACUUGUGCGAUUUAAUAGGGGACGACUGGGAUGAGACUGGACUCGGGUGUCGCACUCCCGGGGGAAGAAAAAGGGCAAGAACAUUUGACUUCUAUGUUUGCCCCGGGCAUACUGUACCAACAGGGUGUGGAGGCCCGAGAGAGGGCUACUGUGGCAAAUGGGGCUGUGAGACCACUGGACAGGCAUACUGGAAGCCAUCAUCAUCAUGGGACCUUAUUUCCCUUAAGCGAGGAAACACCCCUCGGAAUCAGGGCCCCUUGAUAAUACUCUUAUUAAUCCUACUCUUCGGACCCUGUAUUCUCAACCGCUUGGUCCAGUUUGUAAAAGACAGAAUUUCGGUGGUGCAGGCCCUGGUUCUGACCCAACAGUAUCACCAACUCAAAUCAAUAGGUCCAGAAGAAGUGGAAUCACGUGAAUAAAAGAUUUUAUUCAGUUUCCAGAAAGAGGGGGGAAUGAAAGACCCCACCAUAAGGCUUAGCAAGCUAGCUGCAGUAACGCCAUUUUGCAAGGCAUGAAAAAGUACCAGAGCUGGGUUCUCAAAAGUUACAAGGAAGUUCAGUUAUAGAUUAACAGUUAAAGAUCAAGGCUGAAUAGCACUGGGACAGGGGCCGAACAGGAUAUCGGUGGUCAAGCACCUGGGCCCCGGCUCAGGGCCAAGAACAGAUGGUUCUCAGAUAAAGCGGAACCAGCAACAGACACAGAAGCCCCGAUAGACGUCAGUGUUAGCAGAACUAGCUUCACUGAUUUAGAAAAAUAGAGGUGCACAGUGCUCUGGUCACUCCUUGAACCUGUGUGUCUGCCAACGUUCUGACCAGAUAUGUGCCCAUUGCUGAACCUUCAUUAGACUCUUUCCUUGUACCCCUCCCCUACCCAUUUCUUGAAAA